AAAAUUGUAAGAUAUAUCAAAAUUAAUGAUUUGGCAAGAAACUUUGGAUAGAUAAAUAGAUAGAUAUUGUGAAGUGGCAACUUGUUCAAUAAAAAAAUGGCAACGCUACUUUCAUCUUCAUCUCUUCAAUCAAUUCGUCUCUCUUCUUUUACACUCUCUACUUCUCAUUCUCUUCCAUUUUGCACUUUUCAUCGCCACUCUCGAAUUUCACCUUUCAAGGCACUUUCAAUCAACAAGAACCGUACUUUACUUGUGGCCAAGGCAGUGGAAGAUGAAACCCAACAACAAGAACAACUUGUUACUGAAUCUGAAGAGCAGCAGCAACCAACAUCUACCUCGGAGCAACAACCCGUUGUUGUUCCUAUUUCCCCAUCAGAUACUCUCACCAUGCUCUUUCAGGCAGAGGGAACAUUGAAUGAAGCAGCUGUUCCACCUUUGACCAAAGCUUUAGAGGAGACAGAGGGUGUAACCAAUUUGAAGGUUCAUCUAUAUGAGGGACUUGCAACUUUAGAGUUGGAAAAGCAGACAACAAUCCAAGCUACAGGAGUGGCUUCUAGUCUUGUAGAAACCAUACAAGGUUUAGGCUUCAAAUUACAGACAUUAAAUCUAAGUUUUGAUGAUGUAGAAGUUGCAGCUACUUAGACUAUCUACUGAUGUAUGACUAAGAAGAACAACACAGUUUGAGUAAGAAAAUGAAAUUUUGAAUUUGUGGGAGUUUGAUCAUUUUGUAUGAAAUUUGUAUAAAUGGAUACCUUUCCUAAAGUCCUAGUUAAAAGUACAACUCCCAUGCAUUCUAUAACUGAA